AUGCGCCACUCCAUCAUCAACAGCCUUCUUCUUUUGGCCGUCUCCCCUAUGUCCGUCCUCGCGCUUCCCGUGGACCCCAACGACGUGGCCGGUCAAUGGGACCCGAGUGGACAGUAUCGAAAGGGCCACUGGCAGAAUGGCGUGUUCGUUCCCAACAACGGCGACAACCGCUACAACCAGAACGGCCAGGUCGACCAGAAUGGCCAGUGGCGCGACAACAACAACCAGAACGGUCGAUAUAAUCACGGCCAGCAAAACAACCAGAAUGGCUGGACUGAUGCCAACGGUCAGUGGCAUGCAAAUAACCAGAACGUUCAGAACGGCCAGAACGGUCAGACUGGCUGGACUGAUUCGAACGGACAAUGGCGCUCCAGUAAUCAGAAUGAUCAGGAUGGUUGGACUGAUGCCAAUGGCCAGUGGCACUCCAACGAUGGCGCUGUCCAGCCUCGUGACGGGGCCAAUGACAACCAGAACAACCAGGGUGGCUGGACUGAUGCCAACGGACAAUGGCACGCCGGUAACCAGAACGACCAGAAUGGUUGGACUGAUGCCAACGGAAAAUGGCACGCCGGUGACCAGAACGAUCAGAAUGGCUGGACUGACGCGAACGGCCAAUGGCACGCCGGCAACCAAAAUGGUCAGAACAACCAGAAUGGCUGGACCGAUGCCAACGGCCAGUGGCACGCAGACCACAAGCGUGAUGUUAUCCCUGGUCAGGCAAGCCACGCUACCGCCGGGAACGGUCAUCUAAAUGGAGCUGUCAAUAACAACGGAGUCAACCCCUUGAAUGCUGCGGCCCCUCACACUCCCCACCGCCGUAGCUGGCGCGACGCUGGCAAUGACCAAAACAAAGGCAGCUACGGGAACGGCAACAAUGGCAAUGGCAACGGCAACAACGGCAACAACGACUGGAAGCGCAACGAACCCAAUGAUUACAACAACUUGAACUCCGCCAACAACGCCCAGGUUACUCCCAGCUCCCCAGACAGCGAGUACCAGAGCUAUGGUAACUACAAGAACUACGGCUCUUACCAGAACUACCCCCAAAACGGACAGAAACAGGCUCAGAACAAGGAUGUCAAGGCUGUCAGUGGUCAGCAGGAGUAA